AUGAACAUAUUCCUAUACUCCCUUCUGAUUGUCCUUGUCUUCUGUGGACAAGAGCAAGGUACCUUCCUACAAGACCAAAGUACUACAUCACAAGAGAAUAAACUCUAUACAAUAAAGUUAAAGGAAACUCACACGAUCGUCUCAGCAAAGGAAAUGUACGACUUUUUAACCACCAAAUAAACCUACUUCAGAUAAUAGACCCCAAUUGAUAUUUAGGAAAUCGAAUUUGGAGGUUACGUACCAAAACCAUAAUAAACUACAGAGAAGAGAUAGGCAGAUCUUAAAUUACAUAAUUUCAAGAAUACUUAAUUUACUGGACCAAUCACUGUUGGUGAUCAAGAAUUCUAGGUUAUCUUUGAUACUGGAUCUGCCAAUUUCUGGAUUGAUUCUGUGAAAUGCAAAAAUGAAGGAUGCAAAUAACAUACACAAUACAAACCAAGUUUUAGAUCCAAACAUCUUGGAUAUGCCUUGAAUGUCCAAUUCGGUACUGGAGAUUUGAAUGGAGAGGUGAAUUCAGACGUUGUCAAAUUAGGAGAAAUAGAAGUUGAAGAUCAAAACAUUGCAGAAAUAGUUGAAGAAAAUGGUGCUGUGUUCUAAAAUUCGGGGUUCGAUGGCAUUGUUGGUCUAGCAUAUCCUUCCAUGGCUGCUUAUGAUUUGAAUCCCUUGUUCGAUAACAUUAUGAAAUAAAAGAAAUUGCAAUCCAAUCAAUUCUCAUUCUACAUGAGUAACAAAGUUAAUAGCUACGAAUCAUAACUUACUUUCGGAGGCUAUGACGUUACUAAACUGGAUGGUCCAGUUCAUUAUCAUCCUGUGAUUGAUAAAUACUAUUGGAUGAUCAAAGCUGAGAACAUUCUGGUCAAUGGCCAAGAUUAAGGAUUCUGCCCCAAAGGUUGCAAGGUUGUUGCUGAUACUGGUACUUCCUUAAUUACUGGUCCAUAUGAUGACCUAAUGAAAUUGCUAGAUCUUACCAAUAUCGACGAUAACUGCUCUAAUCUGAAGGAAUUACCUACUCUCACAUUCAGAAUUGAUGGAGUCAACUAUGAUCUUGAAGCUAAAGAUUACAUUAUGGAUAAUGAGGUGUCAGCCUCUGCCUUCAUUGAAGGAUCUGCUAAACAAUGCAUUGGCGCAUUUAUGCCUUUAGACAUUCCAGAUCCUCAGGGUCCAGCUUGGAUUCUAGGAGAUAUCUUCCUAACAAAAUACUUGAGCAUUUAUGACAGAGACGUUAACAUGGUGGGAUUUGGAAAGGCUAAACAUUGACAAAUUAAAAUGAAUCUAUUUUUAAAUGUAACCAUAUAAUAAUAUAAUUUUCAUAAA